GCGGAAGUUGUCAGCUAAUAUCCCGCGGCUAAGUGUCCCGUGAGUGUGUGUCUGUUAAAGGUGAGAAGAUGCUACCUUUAUCUGUUAAAGACGACGAGUACAAACCCGCCAAGUUCAACCUGCUGCUGAAGCUCUCAGGAUGGUUCAGGUCGAUCCUCGCAGACAAAACGUCCCGGAAUCUGUUCUUCUUCCUCUGUCUCAACCUGUCCUUCGCCUUCGUGGAGCUCUCGUACGGAAUCUGGAGCAACAGUUUAGGUUUGAUCUCAGACUCCUUCCACAUGUUCUUUGACUGCACCGCUCUGCUGGCAGGUCUGGCAGCCUCCGUCAUCUCCAGGUGGAGGUCCAACGACAGCUUCUCCUACGGUUAUGUCAGAGCAGAAGUUCUGGCCGGGUUCGUAAACGGACUCUUCCUCAUCUUUACAGCCUUCUUCAUCUUCUCUGAAGGAGUCGAGAGAGCUCUGGAGCCUCCUGACGUUCAUCACGACCGGCUGCUUCCUGUCUCGGUCGCCGGUCUGCUGGUCAACCUGGUCGGGAUCUUUGUUUUCCAUCAUGGAGGCCACGGACAUUCACAUGGAGAGGAAGGUCACGGUCACAGCCACUCUCUGUUUAACGGUAGUGUGAAUCACGACCACCAGAACAAACAUGGAGGACACGGACACAGUCAUGAUGAACAUGGAGGACAUGGAGGACAUGAAGGACACGGUGGACACGGACACAGUCAUGGAGGACACGGCCAUGAUGAGCCACACCGUCACGACGAGCUUCACACGCCGGGUAAAGGAUCCAGUAAACAGAUCCUUCAGGGCGUCCUGCUACACAUUAUCGCUGACACUCUUGGAAGUGUUGGUGUGAUCAUCUCGGCUCUUCUGAUGCAGAAAUACGACCUGAUGAUCGCCGACCCGAUCUGCUCCAUGCUGAUCGCCCUCCUCAUCGGAGUCAGGUGACCUCACACCUGAGUCUUAGUUCAUGACACAAUGAUAACGUUCACUAUGCUGCACGAGUCCUGAAACCAGACAUGACUCAGCAUUUUUACACUUCCUGUUGACGUCAGUGUGUUCAACAGCAGCGUUUAUUUCUCUGAUAUAUAUACAGGUCAGUGAACGCCCCUCUGGUGAAUCUUAGAGUGUAAAGGAGACGACUAAGCGUCCUCACUAGUCCUCCUUUAGCUUAGUGAAGUCAAUCUAUAUGCGUGAAAGAAAAACCUGCAAGAAUCUAACACAUAAAAUAACAAAGAAGUUAAGAUAUAUUCUAUAUUUAUACUGUGAGAGAUGAAAAUAUGUAAACACCUUCAGACAUUCAUCCCCUGUUAUUAUAAUUACUAUAUGAAAGUGUUCAGUGACUCAGUUUAAAGAGGACGACUUAUUGAUUCAUAUUUAGUGACCACUAGAACCCCUUAAAAUAGAUCUAGAACCUCCUCAAUGACUACUAGAACCCCUCAAAAUAUAUCUAGAACCUCCUCAAUGACCACUAGAACCCCUCAAAAUAGAUUUAGAACGUCAAUGACCACUAGAACCCCUCAAAAUAGAUCUAGAACCUCCUCAAUGACCAAGAGAACCCCUCAAAAUAUAUCUAGAACCUCCUCAAUGACUAGAACCCCUCGAAAUAGAUUUAGAACGUCAAUGACCACUAGAACCCCUCAAAAUAGAUCUAGAACCUCCUCAAUGACCAAGAGAACCCCUCAAAAUAUAUCUAGAACCUCCUCAAUGACCACUAGAACCCCUCAAAAUAGAUUUAGAACAUCAAUGACCACUAGAACCCCUCAAAAUAGAUCUAGAACCUCCUCAAUGACCAAGAGAACCCCUCAAAAUAUAUCUAGAACCUCCUCAAUGACUAGAACCCCUCGAAAUAUAUCUAGAACCUCCUCAAUGACCACUAGAACCCCUCGAAAUAUAUCUAGAACCUCCUCAAUGACCAAGAGAACUUCAUAAAAGACAUUCAAAUACUAUAUGUACAUCUUAAAGAAUCUCCUCCUCAGUUGAGACUAUAACCUCUUAAAGAACCCGUUUGGAAUUAUUGUAACCUCCUGAGGAAUGUUUAGAACUUCACCUAGAACCUCUUUAAUGACCACUGAUUAUGUGACUUUGGUCAUUUCUUACAUUAAAAUCCAUUUAAGACGACCCAGCUUCCUUGAAUGCACCACUGAGGGAACGUUUGUAAACAUUCUCUGUUCUCAGCUCAGAACAGAAACUCUGUCUCUAGAAGGAAGGAGAUCCAUCUGGAACCUGACGUGUUCUCUGGGUCCUGGUUUUCCACUAAUGUAAAGAAUGUGUGAUUAGUAGUUAAUGAGCUCUGACGGUCCAGACCACAGGAACGGAGUCCAGCGUCCUGAUGUGUGCCGGUGUUUGAUCGGCUGGAAGUGAUUUAAACAGUCAUCAGGGCUGAUCUGUGGUCAGCUGAGAGGCCUUCACUGACCGCAGGAAUCACGGCACCGCAGAGACUACUGCAGAAAAUCUGCACAUUCUACAAGUUCAGGUCUCAAAAGUAACUGUUGGUCACUCUGUACUGUAGUACUAGUAAUACUACUAGUACAGUAGUAGUAUUACUCUGCACUAGUAGUAGUACUACUUCAAAUUCUACAGUACUCGUGUUCAGUUCUGAGAGAGUAGAAGUUGGUCUCUGUACUCUAGUAAUUCAAUAAUGAAUUAAAAGUAGUGUAUUGUGCACUUUUAUUUUAAAGUGCUGCUAUAUGAACUAAAGGUCA